AUGAGCUACGGAAAGAAAGCAGCCGAAAGAUUGGCAAACAAAACCAUUCUCAUCACUGGAUGUUCCCUGGGCAUUGGAGAAGCUGCCUGUCUUGAAUUGGCAGAGGUUACACCAAACAUCAAAUUGAUUAUCACUGCAAGAAGAAUUGAAAAGUUGGAAGCAUUGAAAAAGAAGUUGGAAAACGAGUACUCUGGUAUCAAAGUGUUGGCGAAGGAAUUGGACGUUUCGAAAUUAGACACCAUUGAGCCAUUCAUUGCCAACUUGCCUCAAGAAUUUGCUGAUAUUGAUAUUUUGGUCAACAAUGCGGGGUUGGCCUUGGGCAAAGAGCCAGUUGGAGAAGUUGCCUUGAAAGAUGUAGUCACAAUGUUUCAAACCAAUGUGUUGGGACUCAUCACUUUGACUCAAACUGUUUUGCCAAUCAUGAAAAAGAAAAACUCUGGAAGCAUUGUUUCGAUUGGUAGUAUUGCUGGUUUGGUUGCUUACGAAGGAGGCUCAAUCUACAAUGCAUGCAAAGCCAGUGUUCGUUUCUUUAUGGAUGCACUUCGUAAGGAAUUGAUUUCAACCAAGAUUAGAAGUAUCUUGAUCAGUCCUGGAGCAGUUAAAACUGAAUUUUCAAAUGUUCGUUUCAGAGGAGACGAUGCAAAAGCAGAUAGUGUUUACAAGGGAACUGAACCACUUACAGCCGAAGACAUCGCCGAAGUGAUCACAUUUACAUUAACAAGAAGAGAGAACUUGGUUGUUGCAGAAACUUUGGUUUUCCCAAAUGGUCAAGCAUCUCCUUUCCAUAUAUAUAAAAAUGAGUAG